AUGCCUCCAUUCUUGAGAAAGAACGGAAAUAGAGGUGACUCUGACCGUGUACUUCGGAACCUAGUGAAAGCCCUAGCUGGUGCAAGAAACCCCAGACAUAAAUCCAUAGAAGAGCUGGCUUCAUUAAUUACUAAGAGGAUAGCCCAGUGUAAGCCCUCUACUUAUGAUGGGAAAGGACAACCUUCUGCGCUGGAAAACUGGUUUCGAGAGUUUGACAAACUCUUUAGUGUAGUUCGAUGUCCCGCAGAAUUUAUGGUCGACCAGGCUGCAUUUUAUCUGGUCGAAGAUGUUGACUACUGGUGGACACAUAGUAAGGCGAGGCUGAUAGUGGAGAAUGAUGGUGAAUUAAGCUGGGAACGUUUUAAGGGAGCGUUAAGGGAUCAAUUCUGCCCACCUCACGUGAGGAAGGAUAGGUCAAACGAGUUUGCUAGGUUUGAAAGGGGGAAUUUAACAGUGGAUGAGUAUUAUCAGAAAUUUAUGGAAUUUCUGAAGUUUUGCCCCGAGGACGUCCCGACUGAAACAAAUAAAAUGCAACGUUUCGAACUGGGUUUAUCGUACGAGAUUCCAAAAUACAUUGAGAUCGAUAGGGUACAGAAACCUCUUUAUCACCGCAAUGGAAAGGAAAGAAUUUAUAACUGUAGGAGAUGCCAGAAAAAUCAUCCAGGGAGAGAUUGUCGGGGAGCAUUAGUGGACUGUUCAUACUGUGGUAAAUCGGGUCACAGAAUGUAUGAGUGCUAUGCUCGAUUGGGACAACAAGAGCCUCAAGGGGUAAUCACAGAGGUUUUCUACAACAACGCUUCGAUAAUGGUUGGAGUGGUAAUGACACGAGAAGUGGAAAUGAAAACGGUGGUGGUUAUGGUAGAAACCCUAGGGGUGUCUCAAACCUUAGGUUUCAGAGAAAUCAUUCCGGAAUUCAGCAACCUCAAGGGAAUGCUAGGAAUGAGAACUUUCCUAGACAACGAGGUAGUCAAGGAGGCACUACGCCAGUCUCUCACAAUUAUGGCAGACUAUCAGCAGUUAACGCUAGGGAAGCAGCACAAGUGUCCGAUAUUUAAAGACUUAGGAUUGGAAAAUCCCAAGAAAACAUCUUUCUCAGUCGCUAAUCCUUCCGGAGAGACCUUUCAUUGUAGUAUGUUAUUUCGUGGGGCGUCGGUCAAUAUAGGAAAGACAAAAUUCUCGAGUGAUUUGUUUUCUUUGGAAAUGGAAGGUCUAGAUGUAAUCCUUCGGAUGGAUUGGUUGGGUAGAUAUAAGGCAGUGAUAGAUUGUGAGGGACAAUCCGUAACGCUAAGCGGACCCCGAGGAGAGAAAUUUAAAUAUAGGAAGUUUCCUAAGGGACCCAAGGUUCGAAUUGAUGAUAUUCCUGUAGUCCGUGACUUCAAGGAUGUAUUUCCAAAAGAGCUUCCAGGCAUGCCACCGAAAAGAGACGUGGACUUUUCAAUCGAUUUGGUGCCUCGGACAGGGCCAAUUUCAAAAGCCCCUUAUCUUAUGGCUCCAAAGGAAAUGGAAGAAUUAAAGGUGCAAUUAGAGGAGUUGUUAAAAAGGGUUAUAUAA